AUGAAAGUAAGAAUCGCUGCCAUUCAAUUGAAGCCGAAAUUUGGCGAUGUGGCGUACAACACAUUAAGGGCAUCGGAUAUCGUGUCAAAGCUUUACAAGCAGGACUUACCAGGUCCCGACAUCUUGGUGCUACCAGAAUUGGUGUUCACCGGAUACAACUUCAAGAGUCCAACCCAUAUCACCCCAUUUUUGGAGAAUUUUCAUGCGGGGGUCACUAAAAGACUGUUUUUCGAAUGCCCUUCCAUAAAAUGGGCCAUAGAAACCUCUAAAACAUACCAGUGUUUCACGGUGGUUGGGUACCCCGAGCUAUUCAAGGAUACGAUUUACAAUAGUAGUUGCUUGGUAUCGCCUAUUGGAUCGAUCUUAUUCAAUUACCGGAAAUCAUUCCUUUAUAAGACCGAUAAGGUUUGGGGUGCGAAAGAGAAUCCUGUGGGGUUCGAGAAUUUCCAAUUGAAUCUCAACAAGGAGUAUUACCGUGAAAGAAAGGAUUUAUCGAAAAAGUUUGGGGUUGAUGAGUCAGUGUUCCCUAGGGUACAUGAUCAAGGUAAAGUGCUUGAGCCAUUGGUGAAAAACGACGGAAUGGUGGUGGAGAAAAUUAGUCGAGUGGUCCACAAGAAGACUGAUUUUGAUAUCGCGGUGGAAAACUUGGACGAUAAGUAUUCUGAGACCUCGAUUAAAACCGCCAUGGGAAUUUGUAUGGAUUUGAGCAAUUACGAAUUCAAAGCAUCUUUUGAAAAAUUCGAGUUUUCGCGUUAUUGCCUUGACAAUGACGUGCGAUUGAUCUUGUUCCCUAUGGCAUGGUUAUCGUCGGUAUCUCCAGAAAUCACUUACGAGAAGAAGAAUGACGAUGUUGGAAAAGAAAAGGAUACGAAGUUUUUACAAGAUCAAUUGGAUUCCAUGACCAAGGAAGUUGAAUUGACCACCAACAUCAAAGAUGAUGAUGGAAAAGUCAUGGUUAAUGACUCCUGUGACGUCAAUAGUGCCCUCAAAAGAGUGGAUAUCCGAGAUAUUGCCAAUUAUGACAAGAACGCCAUAGACAGUUCGAAUGUGAAUUUCUGGAUCCUUAGAGGGGUUCCGCUUUACAAUAGUUUCUACAAGAUGAACGCCAAGAUCCCAGACAAUAACAAGAUAAGAUAUAUUGUUCUCUGUAAUCGAACAGGGAUGGAGGACGGUGUUGUUUAUUGCGGCUCCACAUCGAUUGUUAAAUAUACUUCAGAAAGUCCGGUAACAUUGUACGAAGCGUCCCAGAAAGAAAGUGCUGACGUUAAGAAGAUACAGAAAACUUUCCAGAAUUUCCAAGAGUUGGAUAAUAGGAACCCAAGUGUGGAAAUCCUAGGCAGUUUGCCGACUGGCAGAGAAGCAGUUCUUAUCAGAGACAUUGAAUUUUGA